AUGAUGGUAUUCUCAAAGGGAACUGCUGCUGCUGCUCUGGUUUCUUUUGGGGCUUUUGCCCAACAGGCUGCUGCUACCCAGAUGCCAUUGCCCAUUCUGAAAGAUUUCGAUGAGACUGGUGUGCUUGGUGGUCUCUACCGACCCAACAGCACCACUGCUCGAUCCCGCAUUGGUGUCUACAUCAUGCAUGCGGAGCAAGACUACACUUCUUUCAUUGCCUGUACCGCACUGCCGAAGCGCGGCUACACGACUUUCUGUGCCAACAAUGAAGCCAGCAAAUACGGUUAUAUGUCAGACCUCAACUUUGAAGAUAUGAUGACCGAGGCUAGCACGGGCUUAGCUUGGUUAAAAAACCAAACCGAUAUCGAUAAGGUAGUCGUUCUGGGACACAGUGGUGGAGGUGCAAUGAUGGCUGCCUACCAGAACAUUGCUGAGAACGGUGCAUCAGCAUGCAAUGGGUCUGAGAAGAUCUAUCCCUGCUCUGAUGCAAUGAACAACCUGGUGCCAGCUGAUGGCCUGAUGCUCCUCGAUGCCAACUACGGCCUUUCAACUAUGGCCUUCCUGAGCUUGAAUCCUGCUAUCGAAGAUGAGACCAAGGCCUCUAAGCUGAACGAGUCCCUCAGUGUCUACAACACUGCCAAUGGUUUCGUCAACAAUACUCGGUCCAACUACACUGCCGCAUUCAAGGAGCGAUUGCAGACCGGCAUGGUGACUCGCAACAACCGUAUACUUGACCACGCUCAGGAGCGUCUGAAGGCCCUUGAGGCCGGAGAGGGUAUGUUCGGCGAUGACGAGCCCUUGACUAUCCCAGCAUCUCUCUAUAUCGCUUUCAACAACCUUUUUUUCCCCCAGGAUACACGUUACAUUCACCACACAACACACGCCUGGCCUCUUCUGCACAAGAAUGGAACCACCACUCAAAUUGUUCCUUCUGUCCGAGUUCCAGCAAACUUCGAGGACUACUCCAACAACUGGGAGAGUGGUGCUUUGAAGACUACCGUUCGUCGUUUCCUUUCGACAUUUGCUAUUCGAGUCAAGGACACUUUCAGUAUCGAGGUUGACGGAUUUGAUGGUAUCGACUACGCCUCCAGCCAGACUGCUCCUCACGCUGCUAUUGCUGGUGUUAAGGUUCCUCUUUUGACUAUGGGUAUGACCGGUCACUAUGAGUACCUGAACGCUGAGAAGCUUCACCUCCAAGCUACUAGCAACGAUACUUCGAUUGCGUUCGUUGAGGGUGCUCAGCACGGGAUUAUCACUUGCACUGAGUGUGAGUCUUACCCUGGUGAAUAUGGCAACACUGCUGAAACUUGUUUCAACUACAUUGGUCAGUGGCUGGCCAAGCCUGGUCGCUUCCUGUGA